AUGACGGUGCUGGAGGCUGUUCAGACAGUUUCCUUAGGCUUUUCUACACCACACUCCCACACCCACACUGCUACACCCACACUGCAUGCUCUCACACACUCAAAAACCCAUAGUUCUACACCACACUCCCACACCCACACUGCUACACCCACACUGCAUGCUCUCACACACUCAAAAACCCAUAGUUCUACACCACACUCUCACACCCACACUGCUACACCCACACUGCAUGCUCUCACACACUCAAAAACCCAUAGUUCUACACCACACUCUCACACCCACACUCCCACACUAACUCUCCCAUACUCAACAGAAUAUAAUCGUAAAGGACAUAUAACUACAAUAAAGCAAAAUAAAUGA